AUGGACGCUGUCGCUUUGCUCGACGUCGAAAUGGUUCAGUUUGCUAUCGACACGAAUGGCACCACCUCAGUGUGGCGCAACAACGUACUGGAUAAAGACUGGACUUUCUUUGGUUGGGUCAUGCUGCACGAGUGGGCACUCGGCCUCCGCGAAGUCGUUUCGUUCCAAGGCGACACGCGCUCCUUCACGCUGCUGUCCGAGCGUGCCGAGCCCCUGCCGUUCGCAGCGCGCGGCCUUGAAGUUCUGACGCCCACCGCCACGUACGUGUACUAUGUCGUGCUCACGACCACGAGCUGGCUGCUGUUCGUCGCGCUCUUGACGCUACUGUAUUUUGCACGAAGUGGCCACCGACACAAGAAUGUCCUGGCCCUGUGGCAUCUGAACUGUGUCGCAGGGCCCGUCUGGCUCGGGCGACCGAUCCUUCUUCUGCGCGCCGCCGUCGCAACGACCGUCCUCAGCACCGCGCGGAUCCUUUUUGAAUCUCAACCGCUCGGCAGAUUUGUGUUUGCACCGCGCGACCUUGGGGCCGUUGUCGUGCUCGCUGGCGAGGCGACGUGGGGUACCAUUGUGGUGGCGGACGUCCUGCUUGUGCUGCCGUCCGCGCCGAUAUGGUCGGGUCCCUUGAGUACGGCGCUCGUAUGGAGUACCCUCGUGCUUCUCGAAGUGCUUUCGCCAAUUCGCCUGACCGCGACGCUUCACCGCGAGUGCUCGCGCGUCAACGUUCUCUCGUACCUUCGGCUCUCGUAUGUGAACCUCGCCAACGACUUUUGGUGGGCGACCUUCAACACGACGGGCACGCAGACGUUCAUCGCCAACUGGUUUAACCGACAUGUGCAGGUGACGCCAGUGCUGUCAUCUACGCGCUUGGACACGAUGGCGUUUGCCGACAUGACGUCGUAUGCGUCGAAUAGCAUGCCGCGUGUCGUCUUUUCGCCGCUGUAUGCCCAUCGCGUCCAGUACGAAACCGGUGAGACCCUACCCCGCGUGAUCCAAGGGCUUCGGUCCAUGGACGGCUGCGACGCGCCGUGGAUUGCAACCGCCUACUGCCUGCUAGACUUGGAAAGACGCGUUGAAAUGGCCGUGACAUCUGCCCGCCAAGAACGCUGCGCCUUGAAGCAGACGAGAAAUGCCGCCGUGUACCUUGAAGCCCUCUUGCGCAAUGUGCAGUGGGACCGGUUUCAUUCGUGCUGGGGAACGGCGUUCGAGACGGGCAUUGCAAUGGACGCUGUCUCGCUGCUGCCCAACGGCCACCGCUGGCUGGCGUCCCUUCCGCUCAACGCGCGGUCCGUCCAGAGCGAAGUUGAUCUCUGGACAAAAGAAUACGACCUCGCGCUCUACUUGCCCCAGUGGCAAAACUACAAGGAACUCGGCCUCACGGACGUCUUCUCGGUCGAGAACGCGUUUGGUAUUCGCUACGACUUGACGUUGCAGUCGACGCAAGCCACAUAUCGCCUCGCGGCUGCGACGUCGCGCAAGAUGUACUGGUCGUUCGCAAGCGACCUUGACGCGAUUACUGGCAACAGCAGUGGGCUCGCAGGCCUGUCGCUCCUGCGGUCGAGUCCUCGGUUUGCGUUUCAGAACCUCUCGGCCACGGCGGUAUAUACGCGGAAUGGCUCGGUCUUGCAAGCCCCUCUGCGAGCUGCGUACGUUGUCUUUGAAUCCCAUAUCGGUCCGUUUGGGAGUGUCGAUCUCUACCAUGUUGCGCCGCCGCAGUCCCUCUUGACCUUGCAGCGCGAUGUUCGCGAGGCACUCGCGGUGGCGCUCACGACGACAUCAAGUAGUUCGUCCUCGGCGUUUCCCACGCAAGAGAGCUACAAGGCACUCGUGCUUCUCAACUCGCUCAGUCCCGUGCCCUUGUCACUUGACCGGGCGACCUAUCGCUGCGCCGGUGGCAACCCCUUUUGCAACGACCUCGCGUUUGACUCGAACUUUACAAAUGGCAUGUCGCAGUUUACGGGCGUCCACGCAACAUGCAACACGGCGUUUAACGAAUGGAUCUUUGUCUCGAGUGCCCAAGCCAUCUUUGCAGUGCUGUCGUCGGGCCUAACUGCCAACACCAUUCCCAUGGCGUGUGCCCCCGAGGCGAUUGCACCGGCUGACUGCGUCGCGAGCCUCCGCAGUGUACAUGCGUUUACGUCCACGUACCUUCCAUCUACGUCUCGAGACCGCGCACACGACGUCGAGCGCGACGUUCUCUCGCUGCACGUUGGUACCAUGCAGUACGCCCAGCAUGUGCCAACCCAGUCGCUCACGCUCUUUUUCGAACCGCUGUUUGAAUCGCUCGACAUGCAUUACAUGAGCUGGGCGCUCGCAUACGACUGGGCCGUCGGGACUCGCGAAGCCCUUGUCGUUACUGGCGACGUCGACUCGCUAACGAUCCUUACGGCGCAGUCCAAGCCAGCCACGUUUUCAGCCAGUGCGAUCGAGCUGCCUUUGAACGCCGCCCACUAUGUACGCGGCUUUUGCCAGUACAUUUCUCUCGUCCUCGUCGUACUGGCCAUCGUCAUUAGUCUCUACACGGUCUCGACCAUGGGCGCGAGCGAAGGCUGGAACCUCUUGGAAAUCAACCGCGUCGGUGGCAUGGUCUGGAUCGGCCGCCCGCUUCUGCUCGUGCGAAGCGUCUCGGCGCUUUGCAUUCUGUCGACGGCGACGCUCGAGCUUGUAGCGUAUGGCGACGCGACGGUCCUCGUCACCUCACGCAGCGACGUCGCGGCGCCGAUGGCUUUUCUCACCAGGGUCCUUGCCGCAAGUGAGCUGGGCUGGCUUGUCUACAUCUACAAUGACAUUGCGAUGGUCAUCACGCGUCAGUACUCGGCCAGCUACACGAUCAAGGCGGCGCUGCUUUGCAUGCUUCUGGCCGUUUUGCUGAGCGUCUUGUCACCGGUAGUGCACAGCGUGACCAUCGAUCGCGAUUGCGUCUUUGUGUCGAUGGAUCUCUUGAUGGAGUGCCACAGCGGCGUCGUCACGAUUGGUUCAUUCACGCGUCUUGUAACGCUGUCUGUCACUGCCGUCGGCGUCUCAACGGCCAUGUUCGUGCUGGACCGCGCGCGAUUUCGCCUCCCGCCGCCUCUCGAGAGGGACUCGUACUUGCUUACCUCCGGUGCAAGGUACCUCUUUGAGAAGGAGAGAUGGGUCGUCAAUGGAAUCUACUAUCUCGACUAUGCAUCGGCAGCGCUCUCGGGCCUCCUCGUUCUACCCUACAAGAAAACGCGUUAUAUCUUUGACAUCAAGACGUGGCGAGUGAUCGUGCUCACGGACGACGAGGUCGCACGUGUGACCAACGACGGCGAAAACGUCUCGCAUCGACUCCAACAUACACUGCCCCUCAUCAAGUAA